UUCUCCAGCUUCAUCGGCUAUAUGGAACCAAGAAACAAAACACAUGCUUCAGAAUUUACCCUCCUGGGACUCUCAGAAGAGGAGGGACUGCAGCCCCUCCUUUUUGGGAUUUUCCUAUUCAUGUACCUGGUUAGCUUCAUUGGGAAUCUUCUCAUUAUCUUGGCCAUUAUCACUGACUCUCACCUCCAUACACCCAUGUACUUCUUUCUCUCUAAUCUCUCUUUUGCGGACAUAUGUUUUACUACUACUACUGUCCCAAAGAUGCUGCUGAAUAUCAAGACACAAAGUAAAGUUAUAACAUAUGAAGGUUGCCUUAGCCAGAUGUAUUUUUACAUGGUUUUUGGACAAUUAGACAACUUUCUCUUAACAGUGAUGGCCUAUGACAGGUUUGUGGCCAUAUGUCACCCACUGCAUUACACAGUUAUCAUGAACUCCAAGUUCUGUGGCCUCUUGAUCUUGGUAUCCUGGCUAUUGAGUAUUCUAGACUCUCUACUGCAUGACUUACUGAUAUUGAGACUCUCUUUUUGUACAGAGUUAGUAAUUCCUCACUUUUUCUGUGAACUGAAUCAGAUCAUCCAACUUGCUUGUUCUAAUACUUUCCUCAAUGAGCUAGUAUUAUAUUUUGCAAACGGACUCCUGGGUGUCAUUCCCCUCAUUGGUAUCAUUUUGUCUUACUGCAAGAUCGUGUCCUCCAUUCUGAGAAUGUCUACCGCUGAGGGCAAGUAUAAAGCCUUUUCCACUUGUGGGUCUCACCUCUCAGUCGUUCUCUUGUUCUACGGUACAUUCCUGGGGGUGUAUCUUAGUUCUGCUGCUACUCAAAACUCCAGAGAAAGUGCAAUCGCCUCAGUGAUGUACACUGUGAUCACACCCAUGCUGAACCCCUUUAUCUACAGUCUGAGAAACAAGGAUAUGAAGCAGGCUCUAAAAAAACUCUCCAGCUUAGAAAAAUUCUCUCCAUAA